UCCACCCUGCAGAGGUGUCAACAGUGUCUAUUAACACGUCAGGCUGCCAUGGCAACUACCACAACCAAGCGGCUACCUCAGAGUUAUACAGUAAAUAACAGUUUAAGAGGAUACAUGUGCAGUUCUAGACAAUAUCUACCAACCAAGAGAUAUAAAAGUUCAACAACUGUGGUGCCGCAAGAAUUCAGAAUCAUAGUCACUCCAAUUACUGAAAGAAACACAUUUGUACAGUUUACAGGUGUUCAUAAACUGCUAGAUAGGUCAGAUAUCAAGAAGGUCAUGUUGAGGGCGUACUCUUGCUGUGCUGAGCUAUGGGAAUAUGAAGAUUUCUUACAGGAAUUUGACCUGGAUGAUUCAUUCGAGACCUGGGCAACUCUCACAAUGCUGCACAUGUGGCUAUUGGCAGUCCGAAUAAAUCGUCCUGGAGAAGAUCUCAAUUAUAAUGUCAAGACAUACAAAGAGAACUUUGGUGAACUCUUUAUGGAGGAUGUGGAAAAUAGACUGAAAGCUUUAGGUAGAGAGAUAAUUACCUUGGCAGAGAGGGAUGAAGCGAAGGAACACUUCUGGGGCCUAUUUCAGCACAUGUUGCUAGGGAUGGACGAGGGUAUGUUGAGUGAUGACAAGUGCCUGGCGGGGGCAAUAUGGAGGCAUGUGUUUCAUGUUAAACCUAAAGAACCAGAACACUUAGCUUCCAUGGUGGAAUAUGUCAGAAAACAGAUUUACCACUUAGACAACACGUCUUCUGAACAAAUUCUCGGGAAAGGAUGCGUGACAUUUGCAAGGUUAAAGAAUGAUUCAGCAGACACUGCAAAAGCAAUACACGUCUGGAGAAAAAUGCCCUUUGAUGUAAAUGAUUCAUAAAAAUAAGAAAAACUAGCUGGACAAUGUUAUGUUGCCAUGACGACACACCACACUCCUUUUUCAGCAAGAAUUUUUGUUUAUUUCUGUUACAGUAACAAUACACGUUGUGAAAGAGGCAACAUAUUUUGUCUCUUAAUUGAAACAUAUAUUGCUUAUAAUGAUAACUUUUUUUAGGAAAAAAAGGGCAUGUUUGGGUUUGAAGUGACUUCCUUUGUUAGCCCAGGAUUCUUUCAAGCCUGUUUAACAUACAGGACCCAGUUUCAUAAAGGACUUUUAGCACUAACCAGUGAAUAAAUUCUCCUAACACCUCUUAACUAAACGAUGGUUAAAAUUGUGUUUCAUAAACAGUUUUUAAACAGCCUGUGAGUUAAGUGGCCGGUGUUUAACUGGACAAAAUAUUUAAAUGUCUGUUAACUUACCAGCUGGUUAGUGCUAAAAGUCCUUUAUGAGACUGGGCCCAGGUGUUUUGCUUAAACCACAGGUGGAAUUGAAAGCCUGAAAUAAGAAUCAUCCCAGACUAACCACUGGUUAAUGAAUCCAUUCUGACAUUAAAAAUUAGUCCCAAUUUUUUUUCUAAAACAUUUGUUUUUUGCAAUAAUCUCUUAAGAGAUUUAUUACAAUUUAUUACAGCAGGUAGCAGUCUAUGGAGAUCACAUGGUCUGAUGGCAAGAAAAGAUUUCACAAUAGUUGUGAAAACUGCUGUUUUGGUGGUAAAAAGAUAAUUUAUUAUAUUUCUGUCAUUUACUAUGCAUUUAUGUGACAUGGAUCUCUUACGAAGAGUUGCUAUCCCAUUAAGAUGUAACAGUUUCCUGGGUUUCAUUAAAGAAUACACAUUUUGAAGUCAUGGUCAUUGUUGCAUGGUAUUACAAAUUGAAGGUCAGGGAAAAGCGUGUAUACCUUAAGGUUUUUCUUUCAAUUUUUGUUUAUUAUUGCGUUGGUAAAUAGAGAGAGUCAAAGAAUGUUUUCAUUUUUCAUGUCAUAUAUUUAUUUCACAUCACAUAAAUAACAAUUCGGGAUCAAAUAAAUAUGAUGGGCAAUUUUGAUACAGUUAUCUAGUUUUCAUGAAAUUUAAAAUUUUUAUCAUCACAUUGCUGAGCACUUUGCAUAAAAAAUUAAAUAUAUACAUUUCUUGUUCCACAUUCUAUCAGUUGAAAAGUUCUUAUUUCAAUAACAAUUCACAGAGGAAGUGGACCUUUAAAAACAUCCAGAAAUGGCAAGCGCCCAUGGUGCACAGCUUGUGGUGGGUAUGGGUGGCAAUAAUACAACACCCAAAUACCUGGAUUUCUGGAUAAAUGUGGACUACUUUCAUCUCUAUCAAUUAAUUCAUAAAUUUACUAAAACCAAUAAGAUGUAUUGAUUUGUUUUUGGUCAAAAACGAGGUGUUUGCAAUUAAGCCAAAAAAAAAAAAAAAAAAAUCCUCCCUGAAUCAAGAAUAUAUAUAAAUUCUAUUAUUAUCAUGUAAAUUGUGAGGCAAUACAACUUAAAACUGACACAACCAUUUCACCUGAUAAGGACGUGGUCCCAUUUCACAAAGAAUCUCAAAUCUGUAGUUUUGACUUGCUUGGGCAAAGUGACCUUGCUAGGUGGAUAACAAUGCAGUUGACCAGGAGUCUUUCAUAAAGUCUGAAGUCCUAGCUUUGUUUGCUUAGGUGUUGCAUUCGAGGAAGAGUAACCUUGUUUAGAUUUUAUGUGAAAAGGAAUUCAAUAAAAAGACCACAGAACUAUAAUUUCUUCUUAUAUACAUAACAACUAAAAUGAUAAUGUGUAAGUUUCAUAACAUGAUGCCAAUUAUCGAUGACUGUACACAAUUUCAUAUGAAAUAUACUCCUUGAUGACAUGAUCAACCUUGACUUAUUAAGACCACUGAGUGGGAUUGCUGUUUAUAACACAAUUGCAUAGUUACUUUAUUUUAUUAUCUUGUAGUAACAUUUAAAAAGUGACUUCUCCAAUGUAAAAAGAAUCAAAUCUGAAAGAAAAAUUCACUAUCAGAAGUAGUUUCGCAAGCACCAUGAAUUUUAUAAUUAUGACAUGCAUGGGGACAUAAACAAUAAGAAGUUAUUACAUUUCUUGAAAUUGAAAUUAGCUAUAUGUGAGUAAAUUUACUUUUAAAUUCAUGUCUUAAAUCGGAUGAAUUUUACCAUAUUGUUCACAACCCAUCCAACCAUUAGUUCUUUAAA